UCAUCUCACCUCCCAGCUGCACCUUCCAGGCCCCGGAACCUCAUGCUCGCUGCUCAGUCGCCCGCCCGGAUCCCUUUGGCGGGAGCACCGUGCGGACGGCGGCCGCGGCGGGAAGGCGUUCGCCAUGCCCAAAUUGCCAAAAACCAAAGGAGGGAAGCAAGAGAAGAAAGCUGUCCAUCCGUACAGCAGGAAAGCUGCCCAGCUCGCGAGGGAAGCGCACAAAAAGGACAAGAAAGAAAAGUUAAAGACUGAGAAAGCUUUACGUCUGAGUAUUAUUGGAGAAAAACUGCAAUGGUUCCAGAGUCACCUUGACCCCAAUAAAACUGAAUACACAAAGAAGGAAGCGUGUGAACUAAUUGAAGAGUAUAUGGAACGGUUCAGUGCCGAGUUGGAGCAGAUUGAGUUACGAAACAGUAUUAAAGGUAGACAGGGAAGACAGCAUGGAUCAAGGGAAGCUGUCAUCAAGCAGACCAUGGAACGUGAAAGACUGCUCUAUGAAGGCUAUGGGAUAGAAAUCCCAGACAUUGUGAACAGCAAGCACCUUAAAUUUUUCAGGGAGUGGGAUGGUGAUCUGAAGAAGCUGCCAAACAUCAAAAUGAGAAAGCUGUCAUUUAGGGAUGCUGUUUGCAUUCACACUGAGGUGUCAGAUGUGGAAGCUGAAGAAGAACUGAAUAAAACAGAAGAUGUGGCAUCAUGAAGAUUCAGGAGCUGGAACGGCUGAAGGGAAUUGUAAGAAACUUAUUUCAGUUGUUGUGGAAUCAAGAAUAAAGCUAGUGUUUGUAAUUAUA